AAGACGACCCGGGAAUAGGUUCAUUUCAACGAGGGUUUCAUCUUAUAGCUUCCAUUGUCAUUGAUAACACAGAGAGAGGACACAGAGCGACGGUGGUGGAAGAAUGGGGAAGUCGUCGACGGCAAAGGAUGCUCAAGCACUUAUCCAAUCUCUUCGUUCUGCUUAUGUCGCCACUCCCACAAACCUCAAGAUCAUCGAUCUGUACGUGAUGUUUGCGAUCUUUACCGCUGUGAUUCAGGUAGUUUACAUGGCCAUCGUUGGAUCAUUCCCAUUCAACUCUUUCCUCUCAGGAGUACUUUCUUGUGUAGGGACAGCAGUCCUUGCUGUUUGUCUCCGUAUUCAAGUGAACAAAGAGAACAAGGAAUUCAAGGAUUUACCACCGGAACGUGCUUUUGCAGAUUUUGUUCUCUGCAAUUUGGUGCUCCAUUUGGUGAUCAUGAACUUCCUUGGAUAACUCCAGUACUUAGGACUAGCGGAAUGUUUUUAUUUGAAUUGUGAGGCUGAGAUGUAGUAAAAUAGUUGGUAGGCCGUUGUGCCUUUCUUUAUAGGUUGCUAGCCACAUUGAGCUCACCAUAUAUAGUGGUGAACUGGUAAUGGGGAUAUUCUAUUGUGACAAAAAAGUUUAAACUGCUGUGUAUGGAAUUAAGCAUACACAUGAACUAAUUCCUAUGCAUUUUAGAACCCAUUCGCUUGUUAUUUUAGGUGGAUAAAAUUGAAAUUAUGGUUCUGUUCUUCUA